AUGUCAACCGAACCAACAUCUAUUGGGGGUAGUGUUACACCUCCUACUUCGAUAGAUUCUGAAAAUUCGGGAGUUGGAGCUUCAAUCCAAACAAAGGGGACUACCGGGAAAAGAAAAGCCCCUCCUCAAAGGUCAGAAGUUUGGUCUCACUUCACUAAAUUUAUUAAUAGUGAGGGUGCAAGUAAGGCUAAAUGUAAUUAUUGUGAAAAGGAAUUUUGUUGUGAUAUGAAAAAAAAUGGUACGGGAUCAUUGAAAUAUCAUAUUGGUUCAUGUAAGAAAAAUCCUAGUAAUGUUGUUGACACUAGUCAAGGACAACUAGUUUUACCUAGAAAGGGAGUUGAAGGGGGGGAAGAGAAUCUUUCAACUUGGAGAUUUGAUCAAGAAGCAUGUAGGAAAGGAUUAGCACAAAUGAUUCUGAUUGAUGAAUUACCUUUCAAAUGA